ACUAUUAUUUAUUACAUCACUGUGUCAAUAUAAAUACAAAAUAACCACGUGGUUAUUAUGGACAAUGAAGCAACUAACAACUGUAAAUAAUAAGUGUUCAUAUUGCUUGUACUUUUUGCAUUCGAACUUUCUCUCUCUCUCUCUCUCUCUCUCUCUCUCUCUCUCUCUCUCUCACUCUCUUCAACGCUCUAAUAGAUUUCGUUUUAAAUGCAAAAUUUUCAAGAAUUUUAAGAAACAUAAAUAAACCUAAUAACGUUUGACGAGAAGCGAGAUGAGACACAAUGAAGCACAACAAGUAUUAUUUGAUACAUUUGUAACGCUUCAGUAAGCAGCGUUGCUGUAUCGUAUAGAUAAUUAGUUGAUAAUUGCUGUAACCACGCGCGACAAAACGUAAAAGUCAGCGGAUGCUGUCUGCGUGGGCGAUCCUCUUCUUCUCCCUCUACUCGCCCCGCUCUCUCAUUCAAUCUAUUGUCGGUAGCGCCGGUGGUCUCCCCUCUCCCCUCUCCCCUCUCGCCAGUCGUCCUGGCAGAUUUUGCCGCGUGUGGUGUGGUGCGUUGGUGCGUAGCGCUGUGGUGCGUCUGUUGAUGCUUACACAGUGCCGAACAGCCGAAUGGUCGAGCGUCAUUCAGUAUUAGUCGGCUUCUCCUGGAGACCCGGACGGUUCUCCUCUCGCCUCUUUUUCUCCCUCUUAAUUUUUCCCUCCGCGACGCUAGAUAUUCAUUUCUCACGUCAGCAGAUUAUUUUUGUUCGAUUAAUCUUUUAAUUACCGUGUGCGCGAUCUCCGUCUCUAGUCCGAUCUAGUCGUGCGGCAAGCGGUUAAUUUUGUUAAAUCUCAUCAUCAAUUGUCGCUCUUUUUGCAUGACAAUUCUGGACCCCACGUGGCGUGGAGAAUACCCUCAUUGUUCGAAAAAUCAACGGAGGAUCCGUGAAACCGAAACGUGAAAGUGAACAAGGAAGAAGAAGACGUCCCGCUACUUUUUCCACUCGAUGGUGGUGGAUCACAGCGUAGACUAUUGGGCGUAGACGACCUACCACCGGAAACGGGAAAGAGGAAAUUUGAUGGUGAAGCGGGCAACAAGGCGAGCGAGUUGAGACUUUGAGAGGCAAGAACGGCGUGUCUCUUGUUUGUCGCAUCGCGCGGAGGCGCAAUGCCGUCACGGCUUAUUUUGUAGCUAACGGAAAAACGUAGGAUGACCGGAUCUAAACCACGUCGUCGUACGUGAUCGCUCUUGGCGCGACACUUGUCGCGUUCGUAUUUGAAGAAGAGAAGAGGUCGAGCUAACACAGAAGGUUUUAAUAGCGUGAUAAAUAUUUUUCGUCGUUCUGUCUAAAAUUUAGAGGUCAGAGAAUUUACAGAAAGUUCGUGUACCGAACGGCAGAAGUGGACGGAGUAUUUUAGAGGAAAGAGGCGUCUCUUCGUCUACCUUGACUCCAAUCUUUCGAGGGAAAAAGCCGAAGAUAGCCUUCUUUCUCCUUUUGUGUCCGUUUAAGACCUCGGGGUCAAGGCAUCAGGGAAUAAACCAGCAAGACUGCUCCGUGCAAAAUUGUUCGCUAUCUGACGGCAUUAUACACCGUGAAAUUAUAUCUUUGGGAGAGGCGGAAGCAUAAUCUUGGACCAUGAUUGUCGAUCUGCGACGAUGCACCUUCGGUAUCGAUCUCGUUUGCAAGUCGUCGGAAUUGAAAUAGUCCUGGUGUAUUCGAUCAGUGGGUCGACACACAAAUCAAACGAAGAGUAGCAACGUAUCGACAAAAAAAGAAGAAAAACAUAAAAAGAUGAACUCCUGCUUUCCACAUUUGGCGAUAUUGAAUCCGCGGAAUGCGAACAAAUCGAGGGACCGGCUCAACGAUGAGUGUAACGUCGUAAACGUCGAGGACAUCCGGAUGCGAUCGAGGACUCCGACGUUAUCGGGAAAGAAUGACAUUUUCCAAGACUUGGAUUUGUAUUACGUUCGACAGAUCGCACGAAACUCCAAGGAGCAUGACUUGGAGCAGAAGAUCGAGGUGGAAAUCAAGAUGAGAGAAGGCUCGGCGAGACUUUUGGCGGCUGCAAAGCAUCGCGCCCAGAGCUUAGAGGCCGCCAAAGCAUUGCUUACAUCUAACGAGAGGAUGUCGGUUUACAUGGCGGAAUUGCAAAGCCGCCGCCGCGAAUCUUCUAAACAAUCCUGUAUUUCUAGAAGUACGGGAAAGUUGUCAAUCUCGGAUCUUAGGAUACCGUUAAUGUGGAGAGACUCUGAUCACUUCAAGAAUCGCGGUGAUCAUCGUCGGUUCGCCGUAUUUUGCUUAGCACGAUUGGGUACAGAAAUCCAUGACACUUCCUUAUUAUGCCCCAUUGAUAGAGCUCAUACGGAUCUCAGCUUUCCCGAUGUCUUAUUAUUUAAUAAUGUGCCAGCCGAAUUUGAGUUAAUUUUAGAAAUCUAUAGCCAUGUUUUGCAAGAAGACUUAAGUAUCGCCAGCACGCCGAGAAGAAUUAAAAAGACUAUUCACUCGUCGAUUUCGAAAACCGUCGGCAAGAAGCUCGCUGCUUCGCUUCGUGAUGAAUUCGGUUCUGCCAAAUCUGGACCGUACUUUGAUUUAGUAGCUCGUGCUAAACUGACCUUAGACGACACGGAUGAUAAUACUCACACGCACGACCUUGUUAUUAAUAGCAUCGAGAACAAAUAUCACUCCCUGCCGCUUUUCGGUCACUUUUGCUGUCGAUUGGCGGUACAGCCAGAAUCCAUUAAUAAGGAAAUGUGCAUUGGUAAUGUGAAAAUUGAUGAUCAAGAUUAUUGGGCACGUCUGCAAGGAUUUUAUAUAAAAAUAUGGGAAUCAAAGAAGCAUGCGGAAGAAGGUCAAAAUCCGGAACACAUAAUAUCUAUUAAUAAAAGAACAAUCAUUCAACUGUCCAAAACUUCCGGCAAAGAAAUUCUGAUAAAUAAUUCUGGCAACAGUGUGGAAAAGCUGUUGUCAAUUAAAUUCGAAUCAAAAGAGGAAGCUCAAAAAUGGUCAAAACUCUUAUUGGUACACAUCAAUGAUCAUUCGAGGUGGAAACACGCCGCGGAAGUUAUUCAAAGGGUGUCUAGCAUUGAAAGCACGAGAAAUUCCUUUAUCAGUAAUAAAAGACAGGGUUCCUUAUACGACGAGACACCUUUAAUAGAAUCGAUCCCGGAUUAUUCAUCCACAAGACCUACUGUACAAACGAUCUUUGAUCUCACACCUAGUACUAGUCUAAGCAGUUGUAGUUCCACAAAUAGCCUAACAAGUUUACGUUCACGUUCACUGAGUAUCAGCGGCGUAUUUAAACAAGGUGCCAUCUCUUUAAAGCCACACUUAGUUAAUAAAAAAACGUAACGAUUUUAUAAUUCUUUUCAAGAAGAAUCAUAAAGCCGAGUAAUUAUUACGCGAGAAUAAGCUAGAAUUUUUCAAUUUUGACCUGAGAUGUAUACACUAAAAUACUUUAAUUGAUAACUGAGAAGGAAAGUUCAAUUAAACAUAAUUUCUCGGUUUAAAAAUACAUUGUCAGUACUGAAAAUCACGUUAUAUAAUAAAUUGUACGUAUACAAUAAACCCAACAAGUAGCGUAAUAUAAAAGGAACGGCCCGGAGGAACAGCUCGGUAUCAGGCUAUUCCUCGCCCUGAUAAAGUGGAUUGCAAGGUUCACGAAACGUUGGCAUUCUAAUAGCGUUUUUCAUUGGCAGAACUAGUGCGUACUCGGUGCAUAUUAAAGCUAUUGUACACUAUUCUAAUCUAAAUGUGAAAGUAAGAUUUCAAUUGAUAAAAUGCCACUGUGUAUUUUAUCAAAUAACACAAUAAAAUGUAUCGAAUAUUUCGCGGUUUAAUUCGUUUCUAUAUUUUUAUUAAACGUGCAUCUUUACGUCGAUUUAUAUACAAUGGCUUUAAAGUGCACUGAGCGUGCACUAGUUCUACCAAAAACGUUAUAAAAAUAGAUCUGGAUACGUAGAAAAAAACCCGUAAAACGCAUCUUUAUAUACAAAGCAUCCGUGAAAGCCUCAAGAAUAUUAUACAAUAAAUUUUCAGUAUUAA